AUGCCAACUGAUUCAAAUCUUCAAACUGUGAUCAUAACUGGUGGUACUGGCUAUGUGGGUCAACAUAUCGUCGCCCAAUUACUUCACCAAAAUUACAGCGUUAUUAUUAUUGAUGUGUCACCAACACGAGCAAUGGAAAUCGUUCGAUUGUUUAAUCACCCCAAUUUACAAUAUAAAAUAGUUGAUCAACUAAACCAACCUCAUUCGAUUGAUUUUGUGUUGAAGGAAUUUCCACAUGCUUCGAUAUUCAUUGCUUCUGCUGCUGUUGUUCCUCGAGAUAAUAUUGUUGAUUUUGAUCGAGAAAUCAUUCAAAUGAAUCAUGAUAUUUUGAAAUAUAGUUUGGAUUCAAUAAAGCAAUGUGGUACCAAUAUCAAACAAGUUAUAUUAACUUCUUCUACUGCUGCGUAUGUUGGUCCCGAUAAAGCGUUUGCCAUAGAUGUGGCUUAUUCUGACAAUGAUUGGAACCCUUUGCCUUAUGAUGCUGGAAGGGGGAGUGUAAGUGCAGCCUACUUUGUUUCGAAGAAGUUUAAUGAACAAAUGGCUUGGCAGUUUAUGAAGGACGAACAGCCCAAUUUUGAUUUGGUAACGCUCGCCCCGUCAUUUUGUAUUGGACCAGCCUAUUUCAAUAGUCAAAUUAGCAUCGAUAACUUGCCUUCAUCCACGUCCGUAGUGGGUGAUUUGCUAAAAUUGUCCAGGCAUGAUACGGUGCCUUCUUUUGGCGCUGGUGCAGUUGAUGUGAGAGAUGUGGCGAAAUCUCAUAUAUCAGUGAUUAAUAACCCAAAAGCUAAUGGUCAAAGACUUGUAGUAGAAGCUUAUAAAUUCACCAAUGCCAAUACUGUCAAUAUUUUGAAGGACCAUUUUCCACAAUUGAAAGACAAGUUGCCUGACGUGGAGCCAAUCCCUGAAUCAAAGUUUGUUGGACCUAAUUUGAAAAGAAGUAAAGAGGUUUUAGCUAUUAAUAGGUAUUAUACUUUGGCUGAAUCGGUUGUGGAUUUGGCUAAACAAUUGUUGAAGGAAUAA